UUGUAAUUCAAAAUGUGCCUUACAAAUAGGCCAGGCAUAAACGGUGGUGGUCUUCCUAAAUCAAAAUUAAAAUUAUUCAUCCUUCUCUGUUUUAUAUUUGGCUGCUAUGUAUUGCUCAUACAAAAUUCAUCAUUUCUCAAUGAAUUUCAUUGGAAUUAUCUUCUUGCAAGUAAUCUAAAGGCAACCAUAAUUCAUGGCCAUCGAGUCGGUACGAAAAACGUCCAAAUUCGCCAGAAUGGAACAUCCACAGUUUAUUUCCAUCUACCUUCAUUGGAUGAUUACAAAAUUCAAGAUGAUUAUUUUCAGUUCAAUAAAACUAUAACAGAUAAGCUCACUUCAUCACAAUCAUCGGCUCGAUCCUGUUUACGCCGAGGAUCACAGGUUAUUCAAAGUAAUCUCAUAGGAUUGCAAUCAUGUAUAUGUAAUCCCAAUUAUUUUGGUCAAGAUUGUUCAGUUCCAAAAAUCGUUCAAGAUGCAUUGUUGCAAGAUUCCGAGCUAAAAAUCGAUACACUAAAUAGACCUCGACGGCUAUUAAUGUCGCUGAUUUGGCUAUCUUUUCAUCAACAUCAGAAUAAUACUCUUUACCAGAUUAAUUUAGAAAAUCUUUACAAAACUCUUGAUGAAUUUUUGCCACUCAUCGACAUGUUCAUCAUACAUGAGAUCAUUUUUGAGCCAUCAAUUAGUAAUUUUUCACUACAAACACAAUUCGAUCAUGGUUUAUUUUCCAAAUUCAAAUCAUUCACAUUGCUCAAUGCCAUCAAAUUUAAUGAAUAUGGAAAAUCUAGUGAAAAUUUUCGUCAUAUUGAAUGGGAAUCAAUGCGACAAUCAUGGAGAAUUUUCAGCACUCAAGUUACAGAAUAUCGUCCUAGUGAUAUAUUAAUUUUCAUGUCUAUCAAUCAAUUUCCCACUACUGAUUUAAUAUUAUUUUUAAAAUAUCAUACGGGCAUACAAGAUAUUGUUCAUAUUGGUCCAAUAUACAAUUUUUAUUAUCAAAACAAAAGUUUGAUUAUGUUUGACCAUCAAAACUCGCUAUCAACCGAAUCAAUCAAAACUAAUAAUCCUGUGAAUUCGAUGCUCGAUCGUAUCAAAAAUGUAAUCAUCUCAUUUCAAUAUAUGGCUUCAUUGUGUCAAUUCAGUUUCGAACAUUACAUCACCAAUUACUGUCAAAUGAAUCAAGAUUUAAUAAAACAUUUUCGUGCAAAUUUCUGGCCAAUUCAUCAUAUUCGAAUUGGAUCAAAAGUUCAAAGUGUAGCAACCAAAGUAAUAUUAUGAUCUAUCUUGUUUAUUUUUAAUAUAUAUUUUUU